AUGCUUGCCCAGAGACUCGGUCUGCAAACAGCGCGCCGCUUGGCGGUCCGCCAAUCUUCGCUCCUCUCGUCGCGCGCUCCCCAGGUGCUCUCUUCCGCCGCCCUGGUCCAGCAAAGACACGCCGCCUUCCAAAGCGUCUCGGACUCGGAGGCCUCGCAACAAAUCCUCGCCAAGCAGCGCCUGAACCGCCCCGUCUCGCCUCACUUGGGCAUCUACAAGCCCCAGAUCACCUGGUACGGCUCUGCCCUCAACCGUGUCACCGGCGUUGCUCUGUCCGGUACCUUCUACCUCUUCGGUCUCUCGUACCUGAUCGCUCCUGCCUUCGGCUGGCACCUGGAGUCCGCCAGUCUUGCUGCUUCUUUCGCUGCUUGGCCUGCCGCUCUUGCCAUUUUGGCAAAGCUUGUUGCUAGCUUCCCUUUCACUUACCACUCGUUCAACGGUCUGCGCCAUCUGAUGUGGGAUAUGGGUAAGGGAAUCUCGAACAAGCAGGUCCAGGUCACUGGUUGGACUGUCGUUGGUGUCAGCGUUGUCACUAGCUUCAUCCUGGCUCUGAUCUAG